AUGGACGGAGCCAAGAUGUCGUGGGGGAGGAACAACUUUGCGUCCGGCGGUGUUGGCGUUGGCGGCGGUGGCGGCGGUGGUGUUGGCGGCGUUGGCGGCGUUGGCGGCGGCGGGUUGAGCAGCGACAGAGGGAUGCAGGAGAUGAUGACCCCUCGCACCAUGACGUCCAUCGCCCCCAGCAAAGGACUGAGCAACGAGCCAGGACAGAACAGCUGCUUCCUCAACAGCGCCUUGCAGGUCAGUGGGGGUGCAGGACAGCUACAGUGCAGACAACAUAGGAACUCGCCCACAUCUGAGUGGACGGCCAUCGACCCAGACCUCUACGCUGCCUACCCUCCACUGCCCAAACCCCCCUCAGACAGCUGUCUGGCCUCCACGCUGCCUCGCCGGCCCAGCUCCUCCGCCUGUGCACAACCCUACUCCUCCCCGAUGCCUCAGAGCACCGCAGACACUGUACCCCCCCUCAACUCCCCACGCACCAUCAGCCGUCACGGACCCCCACCACUCAGGUACCAGCCACAGCCCACACCAGCAAACACAGACACAAGCAGCUGGUACCCCACACCAGCAACACAGACACCAGCAGCUGACUCCACACCAGUCAACACAUGA